UGAAGGACGACCUGAAGGGGACCCCCUCCCGAGAGGGCCAAGGACAAGUGGGCGAAGAUGGCGGACAGCGAGGAGGGCCAGGCGGUGGUCAACGAGACGUUCACUGUCUGCAGGCCGAAGGACGCAUGCUCGAUGGACGACCAGCCCGCCGAGCAGAAGAUAACCAGAGUCACAGUAAGUUUCAGCAAGUGGGCAGAUUUCCACCAGUUCGACGAAGAGGAUGUGAGCAUGCCCGCGAUCGAGGAGAUACGGAUGGCCUUCAUCACAGCGAUGCAAAAGCAGGGAGCGGAGAAGAUGUCGGGCCAGGCACCGAGCCCAGGGUUUGCGAGGGUGGUGCGGGGGCAGCUUCGCGUGAACAUCGAGACAUGAUCAGGAAAGAGUGCAGGGAGGCAGCCAGCAGAACGAACGCAGCCCAUAGCGAGUCUGAAAGGCUUGGGAUUCCUGAAGCGGAGGAACAUGGCCAGGCGACACAUCCUGCCGAG